AGACUCACUAUAGACCCUCAUUGUUAUUCAAACUUCCCGCGUACAAACCCUGGCACGUGAGUAAAAAUGAUACACUAUGGUUUUUUAAAAAGUUAGAUUUGACAGAUUGUUUUUGUUUAAUGGCGUCUGUACGGAAAACUAAAGGAAUAUUUUAAUUGUGAAGCAAAUAGCUUUAAAUGUUGUUUCUCUUUUCAGAGCAACACUUUUGGCUUUUUGUAUUAUAAAACAACAUUUACUCAGCUAUUAAUCAAGAAUGGAGAAACUAAAAUUUGAAUUUGUUAUGAAAUCGGGCGAGGACCCGAAGACUAAUACGAUCUGCAUAACUUCUAUCACGGAUGCCGACCAACGUACAUUUGGAAUUCCGGAAUCAUUACAACCUAUAAGAUUUCACGAAGAAAUAAUUAGAACAAAAAGUUUCCAAAAGGUAAAAACGACAUUAAAAAGACGUCAUGAUAAAAGGCAGGUGUGGAUAACCCUGUCACCAGAAUUAAAAAGGGCUUAUGUCGAUGAGGAUGGAAACUUCGAAAUAAACGGCUACUUAUUGGAGGAAACACAACAACAAGCCCCCGCGACUGAAUCCCUCUCAGCUCUCACAAGUGUCUUAGAGAGUUUUGUGGAAAUGAGGAGGGACAUACCGAGAUCUCAGAACUUGAAGAACUUGUCGGAAAGGUUUGUCCUAGAAAAAUUUACAAAAAAGACAUCAAAUGGAAUACAAUGGAUGACUGCUUUUGAAACAGAAUGUGCUCGUCUGGGAAUUGAAGAAGAUAUCAGCAAAAUUGAAACAUUGAAGUUAUUUUUGGAAGACUCGUGUCUAGAUUGGUAUAGUUCUAUGCUUAUGAAACAUACUGUGAUUUCAGAUUGGUUGAUUUGGAAGAAGAGUUUUUGUGAUACUUACGUGGACAAGGGUUGGUCUCCGGUCAGGUAUGCAAUGUUAUUUAAAUAUAGACAGGGCUCACUACUGGACUAUGCUUUGAGGAAAGAAAAACUUUUAUUGGAGGUAAAUAAAACUAUAGAUAAACCUACUUUGAUUGAUCUCAUCGCUACAGGACUUCCAAAUUUUAUAGCAGAUAAAAUUGAUAGAGGGAGCUUAAAAAAUGUUGAGGAUUUAUUUAAUAACAUUAGAGGCUUGGAACAUUUAGUAAAUAAAAGGGCGUUUGACAAAAAAACAAAUUUGGAAAAUAAUAUCAAAGAUAAAAAUACAAGGGAACGGCCAUGUAGGAUUUGUGAAAAAGAAAACAAAGGAAGUCGGUAUCAUCCUGAAUCUGUAUGUUGGUUUAAAAAUAAAGAAAAUAACCAGUUUAAGAGAGAGCAAAUUAGGAGUGUCAAUAACUCAGAGUUAGAGAUUGAAUUAAAUGAGAUAGAUUCAAAAAACUAG